AUGUCUGGCCAGCCAAAUCAGCAAGGACACCAGACGACUCCAUUAGCUACCACCAGUACUCCUGCUUCCACUCUCAUUUCUCACCAACAACAACAAGCUUCUUCGUCCCUUUCUUUGGGUCCACAAAUUCUUACAGCCCAACAACCACAACCACAACCACAACAAUAUCAACAACAACAACAACAACCACAAUAUCAUCAUCAUCAUCACCAAGUGACGACUAAUAUAGUUCCUCAACAGUUCCGUUACUUUAUUCCACAGCAACAGUUUCAGCAGCAGCAGCAGCAGCAACAGCAGCAGCAGUUUCAGCAGCAUCAACAACAACAGUUUCAUCAACCUCCUCAGAUUCAAUCUCAAGGACACCCAUUUGCCCUUCAACAAGGUCUUCCCCUAGUGUACGGACAACAACAACAACAACAACAACAACAAUUGGUACCUGGCCAAAAUCAAUUUAUCUCUCAGCAACAGGUUCCUCCAACUAUUUAUCAGCAACAGCAACAACAACAACAACAACAACAACAACAACAACAACAACAACAACAACAACAACAACAACAACAACACCUUAUCCCACAAGAACACCAAUCUUCUUCUUCUUCUUCUUCUUCUUCACAAUCAAAUAGAAUGUUUGCGGUUGACAAUAACCAAAUCCACUUUACAAACGUUUUUUUCCCUCAAACACAACCUCCAACACAACCUCUUAAUAACCUCAUGAACCGUGGUCGCUUUUCUUUCUACCCUGCCACAUCUGCUCCUUUAGUCAAUACAACGGUGGUAACAACUUCUUUACCUGCAACAACAUCAACUACAACAGCGGGUCAUGACACUACUCAAAAAAUGAAUUCUCCUAUUCUGACUACCCCAGUUUCGACUUCCUCAAUGGUGGAGCCUCUUUACAUGACCUCAAAUGGUAGUGGACCAGAUUAUGCGGAGUACAUAAAUAACGAGUAUGUGGCUACCAGUAUUGAAGCAUCAGCCUCUCCAAUACUGACCUUCAACAACAACAUGACUUGGAUCUGCACAACAGAAGCAGCGGCAGCAGCAGCGGCAGCAGCAGCAGCUGUUGCAGCAAAUGUUCCAAUUACACCAGGUGUUUCAAUUGAAACAACAUCAGCUACAGCAACAGCAGCAACAACAACAACCUCGGUAACUCCACUUUCACCAGUCUCUGCGUUCCCACCUUCUUCAUCAGUUCUUACACCAGCCACAACCUCUCCAGGAAUGACUAUCACUUCACCUACUGAUUAUAUCCCGAUCAGCAAUUCUCAAACUGCUCUUUCUGUGGCUGCAACAACUGGUCCAUUUGAACAACCUAUUUUUAUCACAGCAGACCAAAAAACUCCUCAGCAACAACAGCAACAACCUAUGACCGAUACAACUGGUCCAUGGUAUAGUUACGCGCCAAUUGCGCGUCCUGAUGCGAAAAUAGAGUCUCACCAGGUACCGCCUCAAAUGAUGGUGCCUUCCAACCAACAACAACAACAACAACAAAUAGUCAUCAAGUCGGAAGAUUCGCUGAGGCAAUCACAUCUUCAGCAACAACCGCAACACAUCAUGGUCAAACAAGAGGAGCAGGCUCUUCAACAAACGCCUCAAUUCUAUUCCAAUGACGAUAGCAGUAUUAUAGCAGCCCCCUUUUCAGCAGCUUCUUCUCCACAAUCAAUUGUUCGUUCACCUAUUCGAGUUUUGGAUCCUCCAAUGUUUGAUGGAAUUGCUACCCAACAACAACAACAACAACAACAACAGCAGCAGCAGCAGACAACACCCCAGCAACAACAAUUCAGCACAUUUUUCACAAAUUCUGUGGUAUCAUCCCCCCACAUGCACCCUCCUCAAUAUAGUGCUCCAACAUCUCCAAACACAACCGGUUUUAUGAAGUCAAGUCAUGGGGCAAUUGCUGUUUCAAAUCAACCAGUCGAGCCAGUGCCUGUUGUUUCAGUGAUGUCAAUGCAACCUUUCAAUUUCCCUCCAGCUUCUGCUCCAGCUUCUAUUCAAGCGGCUCCUCAUCAACUGCCGGUCCCCACCCCACCAGCAGUACAAUCCAGACAUUCGGCCCCAAAUCUCGACACGUCAGCAUCAAUUGGUGGAUCAUCUAAGGCUUUAGAUAACAAUAGUAAUUCUCAACUAUCACAAACCAUUCCGAAAAAGAAGGGCCGUGCAGCUUCUCUUAGUGAUACUGCUUCUUCUUCUUCUUCUUCUUCUUCACCUCGCAAAAACAAGCGUUCAAAAUCAAUCAUCUCUUCAACUUCUGGAUACUCUUCAAACGCUUCUUCUAUUUCCAUCAUUAGCUCUGCUUCUGCUCCUCCUUCAAUGUCUUCUUCUUCUUCCUCUUCUUCUGCAGCUUCAGCUUCUACUCCAGCAUCUGCUCCAAUUGCAUCUUCUUUAUCAUCUCCUCCAGCUUCGUCUUCUUUCGCCUCUUCUUCCACUCCAUCAUCUGCGGCAGCAGCAGCAGCCGCAGCCGCAGCCGUUGCAACUGCUCUCAACUCCACUUCAAGUCCUCCUUCUACGCUCGUUUCUUCUAUUUCCUCAUCAUCUAUUUCACAGGGCACUCUUACCCCCAUGGAGAAGAAAUACCAGUGCCAAAUUUGUGGCAAGUACUUUCGUCGUGAUUUGCCUCGGCAUUUGCGCACCCACUUGGAGAUUACCCGGUUUGAAUGUCCAUUUGGCCGAGAUGCUUGCCCACAUAAGCAGGGCCAGUUUAAUCGACCAUAUGAUUUUAAGAAGCACUUGCUCCAUGGUCACUUUACUUUUGAUGAUCAGAAGAAGGUGCGUUCAUUCCGCGAUUUGCAUGCUAAGUUGGCCCACACUGGUACUUGCCGUUGUGGUCUGAGAACUACUGCUGGACAAUGGCUUGAUGAGCAUGUGCUUGAUGGUGAAAACAGAUGUCCUUUAUUAGUUCGAGUCCCAAGAGACAAUUUGGCUGCUACUCGUGUUUUAGUCAAUGAACAAAUACAGCACAGACACCAAGGCCCUUCUUCCUCCUCCCCAUCUUUGUCCCAAAUGGCAUUAGCUGAAGAGUCUCCCAUUCCCAUGAAUGCGGAACUCCAGCAACAGCAACAGCCACAGCCCGAGCAUUCGGAAAUGCCUUCACAACAUGUGCAUGAGAUGCAUCAGCAACAACAGCAGCAGCAGCAGCAGCAGCAGCAGCAGAUUACUAUGAUUCCUCCUCCUCAACAUUUUCAUCCUUCUCCUCAAGGACCACCGGGCCAAUUGCAACAACAGCAAUCUCAGCCGCAGCUGAUUAAUAUCCAGUUCCAUCCAGUUCCACAGCAUCAUCCUCAAAUGCAUUUUGCUGCUCCGGUUCCUUCUCCACCUAUGAUGGCGAUGAUGCCUGGCCAUCCAGGAGUUCCACCUGUUGUUCCUCAAGGGCAUGGAAUGAUUACACAACCACCGCAAAUGAUGGUUGCACCUCCAUCUCAACAGCAGCAGCAGAAUCCGGUUCAGUAUAUGACCCAACAACACCCGCAUCCUCACCCUCCUCAAUAG